AUGCUUGCUCUUCAUACACUCAUGGCUGCUAUUACCUCGCCUGAUGAGUUCAAAGUCGAAGAUCACGGCCAGCCCCCCAAAUGGCAAUGCGGAGAUUUCGACGUAGUACAAAAAAUGAUGGGUCAAGUUGAUGUAGAUUUAAACUCUCUUUUCAGCAAGCUCUCAUCGACUUCUAAUCCAAGUUCAAGUUAUAGCGCGAAGGGUAUCAUGUGCCACGACUGUGGGAUGCCUUCCCCUGCCAAGAAAGCAGAAAGUGAGAAAGCGCAAGAGAAAGCGCAAAUUCCCGAUUCAUCUCUAAUCUGGAUUACGGACACUGGAAACGUUAAGACGCCAUACCAAAGCGAUCCAUGUAUUGUCUUUUUGAAUGAGAUUUGCUUACCACAAACCAGAAGCCUCCGAGGAAUCUGGCCGGGGAAUAUUGUGCACGAAAACAAGAGUAAGGUGCCUAGGAUGCCUAGGAAACAGAAUGCAAAAAUAGGCUCGAUCGAAAUUUCUGGGCUCAAGUGGGAAAAGAACGUCAUCAAGGUUGUUCUUCCAUCCCAUCCAAUUAUCUCACACAUCGCAAAGCUUGGAGUUUUGCUAUAA